AAUUAAAAAAUAAUUGUUUUCCUUUGAGGCUAUUUUGUCACACAUAUUUCCUUUAUGAGGAAAAUGCCUAAAUUCACGCAAUAAUACACAGGUGGCAACACUAAAUUUAAUUGUCAGACACAAAAAGAGGUUCUGUUUACAUUUGCAGUUGCAAAUUUUUCUUGUUAAGAAAUUGUUUAGUUUUGUUAAAUAUGGAGAAACCAUUAAAGAUGCCGAAAGUGGCAAAGGUUAAAAACAAAGCGCCCGCUGAGGUGCAAAUAACGGCUGAACAAUUGUUGCGUGAGGCUAAAGAACGUGAUCUGGAAAUAUUACCACCACCUCCAAAACAGAAAAUCUCUGAUCCAGCCGAGUUAGCAGAUUAUCAGCAGCGUAAACGUAAAACAUUUGAAGAUAAUUUACGCAAAAAUCGUAUGGUGGUAAGCCAUUGGAUAAAGUAUGCGCAAUGGGAGGAAUCCCAAAAAGAGAUACAUCGUGCUCGAUCUAUAUGGGAACGAGCACUAGAUAAUGAACACCGAAAUAUCACAAUUUGGCUAAAAUAUGCCGAAAUGGAAAUGAAAAAUAAGCAAGUCAAUCAUGCACGUAAUCUGUGGGAUCGCGCUGUAACAAUAAUGCCUCGUGUUAAUCAAUUCUGGUAUAAAUAUACCUAUAUGGAAGAGAUGUUAGAGAAUAUAGCUGGGGCUAGGCAAGUAUUUGAACGUUGGAUGGAAUGGCAACCAGAGGAACAGGCAUGGCAGACGUAUGUAAAUUUUGAAUUACGCUAUAAGGAAAUCGAUAGAGCUCGAGCCAUAUAUGAACGGUUUGUGUACGUACAUCCUGAUGUUAAAAAUUGGAUUAAAUUUGCACGUUUUGAAGAGUCGCAUGGUUUCAUACAUGGAUCACGGAGAGUUUUUGAGCGCGCAGUAGAAUUCUUUGGAGAUGACUACAUUGACGAACGUUUAUUUAUUGCAUUUGCACGCUUCGAGGAGGGUCAGAAAGAACAUGAUAGGGCACGUGUUAUAUACAAAUAUGCACUCGAUCAUUUGCCUAAGGAACAAACAAAAGAAUUAUAUAAGGCAUAUACGAUACAUGAAAAGAAAUACGGUGAUAGAGCCGGUAUAGAAGAUGUUAUUGUAUCGAAACGGAAAUUCCAGUAUGAACAAGAAGUAGCCAUAAAUCCGCAGAACUACGAUGCUUGGUUUGAUUACUUGCGACUUAUAGAAGCUGAAGGUGACUAUGACAUAAUACGUGAGAUUUAUGAACGCGCAAUUUCAAAUGUACCUCCUGGUAAUGAGAAGAACUACUGGCGGAGGUACAUAUAUCUCUGGAUUAAUUAUGCUUUGUUCGAAGAACUAGAAGCUGAAGAUAUAGAACGUACACGACAAAUAUAUAAAACGUGUCUUGAACUUUUGCCGCAUAAAAAAUUUACAUUCAGCAAAGUCUGGUUAUAUUAUGCACAGUUCGAAAUACGUUGUAAAGACUUGCAGCGUGCACGUAAAAUACUAGGUAUGGGUUUAGGAAUGUGUCCACAUGACAAAUUGUUUCGUGGAUAUAUUGAACUUGAAAUUCAGCUGCGUGAGUUCGAUCGUUGCAGAUUGCUCUAUGAAAAGUUUCUCGAGUUCGGACCAGAAAAUUGUGUAACAUGGAUGAAAUUCGCUGAACUAGAAACAUUGCUUGGGGACAUUGAUAGAGCUCGUGCUAUUUUUGAACUUGCAGUGCAACAACCGCGUUUAGAUAUGCCAGAGCUUUUAUGGAAAGCUUAUAUAGAUUUUGAAGUAGCACAAGAAGAAUAUGACUUCGCCAGACAAUUAUAUGAACGAUUACUUGAACGCACACAUCACGUUAAAGUUUGGAUGUCGUACGCUAAAUUUGAGUUGACUGCAUGUACAACAGAAUCAAAUGAAGAUGACUCCACACUGUUUAGAAGUUUGGCACGCAGCGUUUAUAGACGUGCCAAUGAUACAUUAAGACAAACUGGUGACAAAGAAUCAAGGGUUUUAUUACUAGAAGCAUGGAGAGAUUUUGAAGUUGAAACUGGAGAGGAAGAUGAGUUAGAGAAAGUUAUAGCAAAGAUGCCACGACGUGUUAAGAAACGACAGAAAAUUGUAUCAGAGGACGGUGUUGAAGAAGGCUGGGAAGAAGUCUUUGAUUACAUAUUUCCAGAGGAUGAAAUGGCACGUCCUAAUUUGAAACUUUUAGCAGCAGCGAAAAUGUGGAAAAAACUUAAAGAAACUAAUGACCCGUCAGAAAAUACGGAAAGCGAAAGUUCUGACCAAAUAUAAAUAAUAUUGAAACGAUUAAUAAUAAACGAUUAAAAAGUUAAGCAAAUAAAACAACUUAUAAUUUUUACUUUA